CAGAGAAGCCAGCACCACACACCAAUGUGAUCAUGCCCAGUCUCUUCAGCAUCAUCUGCUUCCUGGGCAUCACGGGGAACCUCAUUGUGAUCUACACGAUCGUCAAGAAGAAGAAGCUGAAAUGCAAACAGACCGUGCCCGAUAUUUUCAUCUUCAACCUCUCCAUUGUGGACCUCCUCUUCCUCUUGGGCAUGCCCUUCCUCAUCCACCAGCUCUUGGGUGACGGCUCGUGGUACUUUGGAGCUCCCCUGUGCACCAUCAUCACCGCCCUGGACACAAACAGCCAGAUCACCAGCACCAACAUCCUCACAGUGAUGACGCUGGACCGUUACCUGGCCACCGUCUACCCCCUCAAAUCCACCUAUGUUCGGACGCCGUGCGUUGCGGCUCUGGUCAUCUGCCUGGUGUGGCUCCUGUCCUUCCUGACCAUCAUUCCCGUGUGGAUGUACGCAGGCCUCAUGCCCCUGGAGGAUGGCACCGUGCGCUGCGCUCUCCUGCUCCCCAACCCAGAGACUGACAUCUACUGGUUCACCCUCUACCAGUUCAUGCUGGCCUUUGCUGUGCCCUUGGUCAUCAUCUGCGUGGUUUAUUUUAAGAUCCUGCAGCACAUGGCCACCACCGUGGUCCCGCUGCCCCAGAGGAGUCUCCGGGUGCGUACGAAGAAGGUCACCCGAAUGGCAGUAGCCAUCUGUUCUGCCUUCUUUAUUUGCUGGGCUCCCUUCUACAUCCUCCAGCUGGUUCACCUGGGCAUCGACACCCCAUCCAUGGCCUUCUUUUACGCCUACAACUUUGCCAUUAGUUUGGGCUACGCCAACAGCUGCCUCAACCCCUUCCUCUACAUUGCCCUCAGCGAGACCUUCAAGCGCCAGUUCCUGGUGGCCAUUCGCCCUGCCAAAGAGCCCUCUCACAACAGCAGCUCUGCCAACAACAACAGCAUGACAGAGGCCAGUGUGUGCCUGAAGCUGGCGCCAGAAUCCACCCAGCAGACUCAGUUUCUGGAGGACUUUCCCCCACGCUCGCUGCCGGUGACUGUGGCUGUUCACUAGGGCACUCCGAAGGGAGGGCACAGAAAGCCUCUGGAUCUGGGAGUUGACAGAGGAGCAGCAACUUCAGGCAGGUCUUGGAGAAGCCUGUGGACUACAAACCUCCACCUCCAGAAUGCAGGUGCCUCUCCUUUCCAUUACUCUGAUCCUGCACUGCUCCCAGCCUAUGAGAUGCAGUGUGCUGCCACUUCUCAUCCUGCACAGGAGGACUCUGCCACCACUGGGCCCCAAAGAGGAUGAAUGGACAGAAGAAGGAUUUCCAGAGGGAAUAUUCACCCUACAAGAGUAAAACCCCUAUCAACACUGCCCAAUGAUGCCUCACCUCUUGACCCGCCCAGGGCUCCUAAGCAGCUUGUCAACAUAGAGCUUCUUCAUUCAAAACUUGAA